GAAAUUCCCUCAUACUCUACACUACAUAUAAGCAUAUAACAUUCUUACUCAUUUUUAAUUAUUCAAAUCUCUCCAACCCUUUAACCAAUAACCUCUCUUUCAAUUCUCCCAAAAACAAGAUGUUGGGAAAGAUGGGUUCGGUUAAGAAACUAGCCAAGAAAGUCAAAGUGAAAGUUCGAAGUGCCACUGAACCAUCGCAGCACCACGAGCACUUGCUCAAGGACCAAGAAGAAGCAUGUUCAACCCCAACAGGGUUUCUUGCACUUUACAUAGGCGAAGAGAGACGUAGGUUCGUGGUUCCAACCGGCUACUUGUCGCACCCUUUGUUCAAGAUGUUGUUAGAUAAGGCCUCGGAUGAGUUCGGGUUCGAGCAGAAGCAUGGUUUGGUGGUUCCAUGCAGUGUCAUGGCUUUCCAAGAGGUGGUAAGUGUUGUGGAAUGCUGCAAUGGCAAAUUCGAUAUUAGUCAUCUUGUUGAAGAGUUUAUUUAGUGUAAAUAAAUGUGUUAAAAAGAGAGAAGUUGUGAUUUUUGCAACUCCCUUUUUAGGGUUUGAAGAUUUCUAUCAGGGUCAUCUUUUUAGUAUGGGGUUACAAAAGAAUUAAUCCUUCAUGUACCUGCCACACUUAAUAUUUAGUAGAUGUGUUGAUGCUAGUAAUUUUGAUACAAGAUGAUCCUUUUGUUAAUA